AUGAAGACCACAACCGUAAUCCGCUCCGCCGCCUUAGUGACGGCAAUAGUCACAUACGCACUUGUCGACGCCAGCGGCUAUUGCUCUAACUAUGCAGACGGUCUACCACGAACGGUUGACGCUCUAAAGCGAUUGCGAAGAGUUAAUGUCUUCUAUUUAACAUUCAGUUUUAUUAACUUUGUCACCUUUGGUGGCAUUAUUGUUACGUCGAGUAUACAAUGUAAAACGAUCGACGGUAUCCAAGCGAUCUCAUCCAAAACGAAUAAAUUUGUAACUUUUAUAGUCAUGAACGGUCAGGGUGUCGAUGAAACGGGUGUGAUUAUGAACACCGUGCUGUCUAUGGGUAUAUGGGAGUAUGGCGGUCGAUUCGCAAAGAACAUCAACAAUAUUAAAUUCGAUCGCAAGACAUCGGUGACUUUUUCAGCAAGAAGCCGCGACGAAGGUUCUGGAGUUGAAGGUAGUUUUGAAAUCCACGAAAGAGGGAAGAAAGUUGCCGUUGUUGUCUUCAAAGUCCCGUAUUGGGGUCAGAACCAGCUGGACAUCACGUAUCAUGCUAUUAAUUAUGCUUGUAACCUAAGUGGUAUGACAUCAAGCGGGUGCCCGACUGUAGAAAUAAUUUGUCAUAAAAGGAAAACACUCAUUUAG